AUUAUCAAGAGUGUGGCAGCAAAUACGACUGCCAAGCUAAUGAGGGGCCACAUCCAGCCUAUAGCAUCUUUUGCGCUGGUUUUAGUCGCCAACUCCCUUCCGAUUAGGGCUAGCAGCUGCAUCUCACAGCCUUGCGUGCCCAUCCAAGAUCCAACCCAACGGUCAAGUUACAAUCAAUCCACCACGAACUGGCAGCACAGUACCUUAACCAAGUUUCCAGCUUCUCAUCGCCCCUACGCAAUUCGGGCAUGUUACACCGAUCACGGUAGCUCAGAGAAGGAACACCUGCCAAACACUGCCCUUGCAUCAAACUGAUGGGACGAACGAGUAUAUUCGUCACGUGACCGAC